UUGCGGGGCGGUCACGUGAGAGGACGCACGCUCAGUGGGCGGUCACGUGACCAGGGGCGUGCUGCGGCCGCCCGGGCGGACCCGGCGAGAGGCGGCGGCGGGAGCGGCGGUGAUGGACGGGUCCGGGGAGCAACCCAGAGGCGGGGGGCCCACCAGCUCUGAGCAGAUCAUGAAGACAGGGGCCCUUUUGCUUCAGGGUUUCAUCCAAGAUCGAGCAGGGCGAAUGGGGGGAGAGACACCCGAGCUGGCCCUGGAGCAGGUGCCCCAGGAUGCAUCCACCAAGAAGCUCAGCGAGUGUCUCAAGCGCAUCGGAGAUGAACUGGACAGUAACAUGGAAUUACAGAGGAUGAUCGCAGCCGUGGACACAGACUCCCCCCGUGAGGUCUUUUUCCGAGUGGCAGCUGACAUGUUUUCCGAUGGCAACUUCAACUGGGGCCGGGUUGUUGCCCUCUUCUACUUUGCCAGCAAACUGGUGCUCAAGGCCCUGUGUACCAAGGUGCCCGAGCUGAUCAAGACCAUUAUGGGCUGGACACUGGACUUCCUUCGAGAGCGGCUGCUGGGCUGGAUCCAGGACCAGGGUGGUUGGGACGGCCUGCUCUCAUACUUUGGGACACCCACGUGGCAGACAGUGACCAUCUUCGUGGCUGGAGUGCUCACUGCAUCACUCACCAUCUGGAAAAAGAUGGGCUGAGGCCACCA